GUAACCACCGAGUCUUUCGUUUGCUAAUUGGUUCGUGCUCGUUUAUAUUUAUUAAAAAAUAAAAUGGAAGGCUUUGACGAUCCAGGAGUGUUCUUCAGUGAUAACUUUCAAGCAGAGGAAAACCCGUCAGAUCCGCAAAUUAAUUUACAAGGUGUGAAGAAAAAAUUUAAGGAAUUCAUUCGCCAAUACCACACCGACAACUUCAACUACAAAUACAGAGACACGUUAAAACGCAACUACAAUUUGCGCCAAUUUUACUUGGAUGUUAACAUAGAAGAUGUGGGAAGCUUCGAUGAAAAUCUAGCUGAUAAACUGUAUAAACAGCCUUCAGAACAUUUACCCAUAUUUGAAGAGGCUGCUAAAGAAGUAGCUGAUGAACUCACAUCACCUAGACCUGAAGGAGAUGAAGUCGUAGAAGAUAUUCAGAUCAUGUUGUCAUCGGAUGCUAAUCCAGCUAAUUUAAGAGCAUUAAAAUCAGAAGUUGUAUCGAGACUGGUGAAAAUACCAGGUAUUAUUAUAAGUGCCUCAGGAAUAAAGGCAAAGGCCACAAAGAUUGCUAUUCAGUGCCGCUCUUGUAGCAACUUAAUUCCAAACUUACCUGUAAAACCUGGUUUGGAAGGCUAUAUUUUACCAAGAAAAUGUAACACAGAACAAGCUGGAAGACCAAAUUGUCCAUUGGAUCCAUAUUUCAUUGUUCCUGAUAAAUGCCACUGUGUAAAUUUUCAAGUGUUAAAGUUACAAGAGCUACCUGAUGGAAUACCACAAGGUGAAAUUCCUAGACACAUGUCCCUUUACUGUGACAGAUACCUGUGUGAUAGAGUGGUACCAGGAAACAGAGUAUUCAUCUUGGGAAUAUACUCAAUUAAAAAAAUUAGCAAACCAUCCAAGAGAGAUGGACGCGAAAAAGCCAUUACUGGUGUUAGAGCACCCUACAUGAGGGUUGUAGGUAUCCAGGAGGACACUGAAGGCGUCGGAGCAUCUGGAUGUGCCACCAUAACAGCAGAAGAGGAGAGUUUAUUCAGAAGAAUGGCAGCUUCUCCCAACAUCUAUGAAAGAUUAGCUAGCAGUGUAGCUCCUUCAAUCUAUGGAGCUUUAGAUAUCAAAAAAGCUAUAACUUGUCUGUUGUUUGGAGGUUCUAGAAAGAGAUUGCCUGACGGCCUAACCAGGAGAGGCGACAUUAACGUACUGCUGCUUGGUGAUCCAGGUACUGCCAAAUCUCAAUUGCUUAAGUUCGUUGAACGGGUAGCACCGAUCGCAGUUUAUACGUCAGGAAAAGGAAGCUCAGCAGCUGGUCUCACUGCUUCCGUAAUGAGGGAUCCUGCGUCGCGCAAUUUCGUGAUGGAAGGUGGUGCUAUGGUCCUCGCUGACGGAGGGGUGGUGUGCAUUGAUGAGUUUGAUAAGAUGAGGGAAGAUGAUAGAGUGGCUAUUCAUGAAGCUAUGGAACAACAAACCAUAUCAAUCGCAAAGGCUGGUAUAACCACUACCUUGAACUCAAGAUGUUCAGUUUUAGCAGCAGCCAACAGUAUUUUUGGUCGAUGGGAUGAAACCAAGGGUGAAGAGAAUAUAGAUUUUCUUCCUACAAUUUUAUCCCGUUUUGAUAUGAUUUUUAUCGUAAAGGACGAUCAUGACAAAAAUAGAGAUAUGAUUCUCGCCAAGCAUAUUAUGGGCGUGCAUAUGAAUGCAGGACAAAUAACUCAAGAACCAGCUGAAGGUGAAUUAUCUCUGGAACUGAUUAAGAAAUACAUCAACUACUGCCGCACACGAUGCGGUCCGAGACUGAAUAGCGAUGCAGCAGAAAAAUUGAAGAAACGUUACGUAAUUAUGAGAAAGGAUGCUGGCUCCCACAGGGAAAAUGAACGUAAAAAUUCGAUUCCCAUUACGGUUCGUCAGCUUGAAGCUAUCAUUCGGAUGUCAGAGAGCUUAGCAAAAAUGCAACUGUUGCCGUUUGCAACCGAAAGUCACGUAGAUGAGGCUUUACGUCUAUUCCAAGUUUCUACACUUGAUGCUGCUAUGAGUGGAAGUCUGACUGGAGCUGAAGGUUUCACGACUGAGGAAGAUCAUGAUAUGAUGGUGCGCAUUGAAAAACAAUUGAAACGGAGGUUCGCGAUCGGAACGCAAGUUUCGCAGCAAAACAUAAUCCAAGAUUUCAUGCAACAGUCUUACCCUGAGAGAGCUGUAUUAAAAGUUAUUCAUACUAUGAUUCGCAGAGGCCAAUUGCAGCACAGAAUGCAACGCAAAAUGUUGUAUCGUAUAAGUUAAACUCGAUAUGAAAUGUGUCAAUGUUUAUUGUAACGUCUUAAAAUUGUUCAAUUCACAUACUUUGUUUUGUACUCUAAUUCUUAAUACAAAUUAUAAAACAUA